AAAAAAAAAUCCGGCCCAUGAACGAAGACUCAUAGCGAGCGGUUCUCUGCGCAUAUCCAACAGCGGCUUCUUUGUCUUUUCCGUAUCCCGAUUCUACUCUCGCUCAAUCCGUUGGGUUUACGCAUCAACUUUCACCUCAUCUUUAGUAAGAUCCUUCCGCACAGCCGCGGUGCUGCGGCCCAUCAGCAGCCAUUUUGGGUGUCCCGGAGCCGAGGAAAUAGCAGCAGCACCGGGCGGUUAGCAAGAAGGAGAGGACCCAUGGAUAGUACUAUGACUCCUGGAUUAGAACACACGGGUUCCACACUCCGAUGGUUCCACGCUGCACUCCACUCCUCUUCCGCUCAACCUGUUUGAAUUGCUGAGUUGGUAUUGUAUGUCCCUCCCCUGUCAAGUUCCCAUUCACCUGAAUAGAAAGCCUCUUGGGGAGGGGCAUUCCCUUUCUAUGAGUUUGAUUUAAACAGGAGAAGGGUGAAGGGGAGAGUGUUGUGUAACUUAGGACCGAUGGACUUGUUGGAGACACUGUCAGACCUGGCACAUGAAAAAUGGAAGAGGAUGCCGGCCCCUAUCAGACUGCGGGAGCUGAUCCGCACCAUCCGGACAGCACGCACACAAGCUGAGGAGCGGGAGAUGAUCCAAAAGGAAUGUGCUGCCAUUCGCUCAUCAUUCCGUGAAGAAGACAAUACAUAUCGCUGCCGCAAUGUGGCCAAACUGCUAUAUAUGCACAUGCUGGGAUAUCCUGCUCACUUUGGGCAGCUGGAGUGCUUGAAACUCAUAGCUUCUCAGAAAUUCACGGACAAGAGGAUUGGUUACCUUGGUGCAAUGCUUCUUCUGGAUGAAAGACAAGAUGUCCACUUGCUGAUGACCAAUUGCAUUAAGAAUGACCUAAACCACAGCACUCAGUAUGUGCAGGGUCUGGCACUGUGCACUUUAGGCUGCAUGGGAUCCUCAGAGAUGUGCAGAGACUUGGCAGGGGAGGUAGAAAAACUUCUAAAAACAUCCAACUCCUACCUGCGCAAAAAGGCUGCAUUAUGUGCUGUUCAUGUAAUCCGAAAGGUCCCAGAGCUUAUGGAAAUGUUUUUACCUGCUACAAAAAACCUGCUAAACGAGAAAAACCAUGGAGUGCUGCAUACCUCCGUGGUGCUCCUAACAGAGAUGUGUGAAAGAAGCCCCGACAUGUUGACACACUUUAGGAAGCUUGUUCCUCAGCUAGUUCGUAUUCUUAAGAAUCUUAUAAUGUCCGGGUAUUCUCCUGAGCAUGACGUGUCUGGCAUCAGUGACCCUUUCUUACAAGUCCGGAUACUGCGACUUCUCAGGAUUCUUGGUCGAAAUGAUGAUGACUCAAGUGAAGCAAUGAAUGACAUCUUGGCGCAGGUUGCAACAAACACAGAGACAAGCAAAAAUGUUGGCAACGCUAUUCUGUAUGAAACAGUCUUAACAAUCAUGGACAUAAAAUCAGAAAGUGGCCUACGGGUUUUAGCUAUUAAUAUUUUGGGACGGUUCUUAUUGAAUAAUGACAAGAAUAUUCGCUAUGUUGCUUUGACAUCUUUACUUAAAACUGUGCAGACGGACCACAAUGCAGUACAGAGACACCGCAGCACCAUUGUUGACUGUCUGAAGGAUUUGGAUGUCUCUAUUAAAAGACGAGCCAUGGAAUUGAGCUUUGCAUUAGUGAACGGCAACAACAUUCGGGGUAUGAUGAAGGAGCUGCUUUAUUUCCUUGACUCCUGUGAACCAGAAUUUAAAGCAGAUUGUGCAUCUGGCAUCUUCUUAGCAGCAGAGAAAUAUGCUCCUUCAAAGCGGUGGCACAUAGACACUAUUAUGAGAGUCCUCACUACUGCUGGAAGCUAUGUGCGGGAUGAUGCAGUUCCUAAUUUAAUUCAGCUGAUCACGAAUAGUAAUGAAAUGCAUGAAUACACUGUACAGAAACUCUAUAAAGCUGUUCUGGAUGACAUCUCUCAGCAACCUCUGGUCCAGGUGGCAUCCUGGUGUAUAGGAGAGUAUGGAGAUUUGCUAGUAUCGGGUCAAUGUGAAGAAGAGGAACCUAUUCAGGUCACAGAAGACGAGGUUCUGGACAUUCUAGAGAGUAUCCUGAUUUCUAACAUGUCGACCUCUGUUACACGAGGCUUUGCUCUGACUGCCAUUAUGAAAAACUCAACUAGGUUCAAUAACACUGUCAACCGCAUAAAGAAAGUAGUUUCUAUCUAUGGAAGCAGCAUUGAUGUUGAGCUUCAGCAAAGAGCUGUAGAAUAUAAUGCUUUAUUCAAGAAAUACGACCACAUGAGGCCUGCACUUCUGGAGAGGAUGCCUAUAAUGGAGAAGAGUAUGACUAAUGGGCCUUCUGACAUAGCCCAAACUAAUGGAGAAGCAGAACCUGGAAUCAUAGAUACUAAACCAGUUCCCUCAACUCAACCACCAGCCAGUCAGGGCAACGAUUUAUUAGAUCUUUUAGGAGGAAAUGAUAUUCAGCUGGUAAUACCUACUGCACCACCUCCGAAACAAUCCUCUGUUGGAGGAGAACUUCUAGAUUUAUUGGGGGAUCUAAAUCUUGGAGCUCCUCCAGCACCGCUUCCUCAGAUGCCUGCACCCCAGCUCUUGAUAGAUGGACUGUCUGUGCAACCUCUCUUCAAUGAAUUAUCAGGUAUUCCACCCAUCACUGCUUACAACAAGAACGGUCUGAAAAUAGACUUCAGCUUUGAACGAUCCAGCACCAAUGCCAGUGUGACUGUGAUUACAACUCAAGCAUACAACAGCACAGACAGCGAGAUGACAGACUAUGUGUUCCAGGCAGCAGUACCAAAGACGUUCCAGCUUCAGCUCCUGUCCCCAAGCAGUAAUGUCCUUCCACCCUUUAAUGCUGGUAGUGUCACGCAGGUCAUUAAGGUCCUGAACCCCCAAAAGCAACAGCUGCGCAUGCGGAUCAAGCUGACGUAUAAUCAUAAGGGCUCGGCUAUGCAGGACCUUGCUGAAGUGAGCAACUUUCCUCCUCAGUCCUGGCAAUAAAAUGGCGCGGAGUCUACUCACCCCCCCACCCAAGAUGAAGGAACUCUGGGCUGGAGCCUCUGCCCUUGGAUUGCCAACAAUUGCACUUUGGGCCUUGGGGUAGCUGAAAUGGUUGAGGGACAUUCUGCAACCGAGUGAAGCAAUGAACGUAAGGCAAGGACACUGCUGCCUCUUUUUCUCAACACAAGAGGGAGUAGCCUGGCCUCCUUCAACCCUCACCUUUCCUACUGGGAAUUAGAGAUGAUUUUCCCAGGCUGGAUCUCAUGGGAUUAUUUUUUGUGUUCUUCUCCUUUUCCCUUUUCUCCUUUUGUACAUUCCUGCAGAUAUGUUUCCACUCACACCCUCAACAACUGCCCUCCAGGCUUUUUUCUUUAUUCUCUCUGUCUUUCUGAAUGGAGGGACGCUCUUGUUUUUAGAAUACUAUUAAAUUGUAAAAUCCUGGUUUUAGGGAUGAAUUGCUGCUCCCUUCAUUUGCUAGCACCUUCUGGAUAAUUAAUUCCCCCAAAAUAUGCUAGUUCUGCAGCCUCGAUCUAAAGUGAGCUCCCAAAUCUGCCACUUGGCACCUGAUAGUAACUUCUGUGUAAAUUACUACUGUUAAGAAUCUUCUGCGAUGAGCUAUGUCCAGGUUACAGUGCCUCACACUGGUUGUAUUGGUUAUAGGGCAGGGAAAUAGUGGAUACUACAGCGAGGGACUGCUCUAGAUGAGCUUGUCCUGGAUUUCUUGUUCUGCUGGAUGGUAUGUAGAUGUGACAUAUGUGGUACUGAAACCAUGACUUUCAGUAUGUAGAGUGCACAGAUGUAAAGGAGCUGACAAUACAGUAUCUGAAUUAUUUUGUUAGAUGCAGCUGCUAAUUUCUUAACCAUUUGUAGAUUUGCUGUGCCUGCUAAGGAGAUGGUAAAGUGGGGUCACCUCCCAAAUGAAAUUAUUUUGUUAAUAACGAGGGAAGUGAUGCCAGCUCUGCCCCUCUUGGGAAAGUCUGGGAUGAUCUCCUCUUCUGCUACAAUGAAUUUGAAGACUGCAGGCUUGUAGAUGGACAUUGUAACUGUUUCACACAUUCAUAAGAAAGUAACAUGAGCUUUGAUCAGUAACAUCAAAAUGCAAAAAAAAGGCAAGCUGCUCCACUUAGCUUCCCCCUUUGCCCUCAGUCCUGGUGUGGGCUUAGCAGGCAGUCUUCUAAUACUUGUGCAGAUAUUUUAUUUGCCACAUGUUGGUACUCUGUGUUUUUAUUUUUUGAGGAUUUUCUUUCACAGCCACCUGGCUUCCCCUUGUAAAGUCAUUAAAAAUGUUUUCCCGUUCCAGUAAGUUACAACUUUCUUAUGACCCUUCUCCCCCCCGUGGCCUCAUUGAAAGGAACAUUCAAAUUCCGUAUGAGUGGGGUGGAUAAUGAACUUCUACUUACCGCAGACUUAUUUUUGAGAUGUAAAAGCAAACUUGUAAAAAAAUAAAUAAAAAAAUAAGUCAUUGGGGAGCAUUAAGGGUGUAAACAUUUUCAUGGGUUACUAGACUGCUGUGUAUUAUCGUCUUUUGGUUGAAACAAAUUAUGAAAAGUGACUAAUAAAGAGUAAAAAUAAAGUG